AUGCUCCGCGGCUUCGACACUCUCUCGCGGCUGCGGCCUUUCGCCAGCGCCGCAACACUAGCAGUCUUCGCUUUCAUACUGCUGUACCUGUUUUUCCUGUCGUCGUCUGCGACGACAACGCCCGUGUCAACAUCCUCGCCGCUGCCGCCUCACCCCAUCGAUCAUCUCGUCGAACGCGCCCAUGCCGACUUCCGCCGCCUUCUUGAAACGCGCUCAACCACCCUGAAUGAUGCCGCCGCCCGCUAUCGCGUGCGCCGCGGGCGCCAUCCUCCGCCGGGUUUCGAUGCCUGGUUCGAGUUUGCCCUUAGCAAGAACGCUGUCGUCGUCGAGGACUUCUUUGACCAAAUCUACGACGAUUUGGCACCCUUCUGGGGCCUCUCCCCGCGCGACAUCCGCAUCGCCACCACUCGCCACGAGCAGACGAUCGUGUCGGUACGAAAUGGCGCUGUGUCCAAGCUGACGCCCAAGGACAGUUGGCGGAUGGACCAUUGGACCAACCUUGUUGAAACCAUCGCCGAAGUCGCACCUGUGCCCGAUAUCCAUCUACCCAUGAACAUCAUGGAUGAAUCCCGCCUAUUUGUGCCUUGGGAGGGCAUCAAUUCCCUUGUUGCUUCUGAAAUCGAGCAGCGCGACAUGACAUUGGACCCGUCGCGCCUCGUCAAUCAUUUCUCCGCGCUUGAGGACAUGGAUGCUGAAGUCGCGCCCGUGGACUGGAUAAGAGAGCCGGCUCAAAUGUGGCCGCUGCUCCGCGCAACCUGCCAUCCCGACUCACCAGCUCGCCAGGCCCCUGAUCAUGUCGACUUGUCCGUCCCAGCACCGGAUUACAUGCCUCUCCGGCAUCCAGAGGCGUCCUGGCACGGCUAUGUGCAAAACUGGACUGUCGCGAGGGAUCCCUGUCACCAUCCGCACCUCCGCGGUCUGCACGGGACUUUCAUCGAGCCCACGUCGACCAAGGCAACAACGCGCUUGAUUCCCCUCUUCGCUGGCUCCAAGCUGAGAGGCAACAACGAGAUACUCGUCCCGGCAGCCAUGUACUGGGGAGACUGGCAAGAGUACUCGGGUGGCCAAGAGCAUGGAGACGCCUGGGAGAAAAAGCGCGAUGGAUUUGUGUGGCGAGGCGUUGCUUCCGGCGGCCGCAACAAAGCCGAGACGUGGCCGCAUUUCCACCGCCAUCGCUGGGUCUCCAUGGCCAACGGCACUACCGUCGCCGAUGCCGAGGCCCAUGGUGGCGAAUCCGUUGCCUUCAAACUUCCGGACCCCGCCCUCUACGACGUCGGAGCCGCAAAAGAAGGACGCUUGGGUGAAUGGAUAGAUCCUUUGGGCAACGUGGGCUUCAACGACCUCCUCUGCUUUCCUCAAGAAGGCGGUCCGCACUGCUCUUACUCUGGCCCUUAUUUCGAAAUUGCCCAACAUCUGUCCAUGCUCGACCAGUACCACCACAAGUUUCUUCCAGACAUCGAUGGGAAUUCAUACAGCGCUCGCUACCGCGCAUUCCUCCUCUCCACUUCCUUGCCCAUCAAAGCGAGCAUAUAUCGUGAAUGGCACGAUUCGCGCUUGUUUCCAUGGGUGCAUUUCGUACCCAUGGACAACACCUUUAUCGACUUUUAUGGCAUUUUGGAUUAUCUUUUGGCACAUGAUUCUGUCGCAAAAUCACUCGCAAACCAAGGGCAGGAGUGGGCGCAGCAGGUGUUGAGAAAGGAGGACAUGCAGAUAUACAUGUACCGGUUGAUUCUGGAGUUUGCAAGAGUCUGCGACGAAAACCGGACACUCCUUGCAUUUACUGAUGACUUGUAA